AUGGUGGUUAUUCCACUUGCUCCAGUACUUGUAUACUUUGUCCUUGCUUGCUUGAUUGUCUGUGCAGUAUCAUUGGUGUUGGAGGAUUGGAGGAAAGACAGGGAAGGUGUUACACUCGCUGCGUACCUCCUCUGCUUGUUCUGCCAUUGUCGUAGAUUGUCGCAUCCGCGUUCAGAUCUGUCGUUGCUCGCCUCGCGACGUUCUUUUCUCAGCGUCGCCUUCUGUGGUAACUUCUUCUCCGAUAACAACAACAACGGUCUUCCGGUUAAGCUGAUUUUCUCCUUCAAUCAAGUUUAUGAAGGGGAAAAGCCCUUUUACAAGGAAAAAGACAUUGCUAUUCCGGUACAUGUUUAUGGUAAAACUAAAGUCGUAGCUGAGCAGUUCAUUUCCGAAAAUUACUCGAGUUAUGCAAUUUUGAGAAGCAGUAUCAUCUAUGAACCACAAACAGUCUCACUUGUUCCGAAAUCUCUUCCAAUUCAGUGGAUGGAUGGCGUCCUUGCUAAAGGAGAAGAAGUGCAGUUCUUUCACGAUGAAUUCUGUUGUCCGAUUUUUAUUAAGGAUCUUGUAAAUAUAAUACUAGCUUUACCAAGCUUAUGA